AUGAAUAGUAAAGAUAGUAGAAUUAGUAUUAGUAUUAGUAUUAGUAUUAGUAUUAGUAUUAGUAUUAGUAAUAGUAUUAGUAUUAGUAUUAAUAGUAGCAGUAGUUGUAGUGGUAGUAGUGGUAGUAGUAGAUCAACUACUCAUGUUACAUCAUCAACUUCCACUGGUCCAUCAAAUACUCAUACUGUAUCAUCAACUUCCAUUGAUUCACCAACUACUCAUGUUACAUCAUCAACUUCCACUGGUCCAUCAACUACUCAUGCAACACCAUCAACUUCUAUUGGUCCAUUAACUUCUCAUUUUGCAUCAUCAACCACUACUGUUCCAUCAGCUACUCAUGGUGCACCAUAA